CAACAGGCUUCACUUACAUCUUCUCUGUUUUAUUCCUAUUUUCAUUGAUAUCUUUCUCUCCGAGUCAAUUACACAGAAUCAAAAAUGGCUCGCACAAAGCAGACCACCCGGAAGCCUGUUCCCCGGCGGGGUGGCCGCUUUGGGGGCAAUGGCAACGGCGGCAACGGCACCGGCACUGGCCGCUCGGCACGCCCAUACGGCCCUCAUGAUCUCGACUUGAUAGCUAUGCAAGAAGAGGCAGAGCGUCGGGAGCGAAUCCUAGCCGAUCGCCGCCGUGUUGCUGCCAAGUGGCGCCCCAAGAUCCCCGAGGUCCGUAAGGUGAACUUUGAGAACUUCAAGAACCGCUUCCAGGCCGAGGAUGAGCCCGACUAUGCUGUUGAAGUCCUUGUGGCUGGCCCCGGACUUCAGGGUCAGAUCCGACGUGAGCGUGCGAUGCGCCGUAGCGAAGAGACAGCUCGAGUGCGCAAGAGCUGGUACAGCCUCUACGACAACCACCUCGAUCGCAAGAAGAAGAUUGACCCACUCGACAAGGUAAAACGUGAGAAGAGGAACGAGCUUCUCUCUUCCGAUACCGAGAUUCAGCGGAUUCGUGUGCAGUCGCAGCCCAUUCUGGGACACUUGACAUCAUUCCUCAACGAUACCGAGUCCAGAUCAACCCCCCGCACCUUCAUGCGGCCAUUCAAGGCCUUGGUUUACUUCCAGCCCAAGAUGCGAGAGAUUCUUGCCACACUGGAGGAGAAGUGGGCCGACUAUGAAGAGCUUGAUGAGCAGGACUCAGAUGCCGCUGACACAGCUGCAAGCGAGGAGCCUGAGGUUAUCGUCGAGGUCAUCAACAAAGAUGACACUGAUACAGAAGCCAAGUCUGAUGCGGAUGGUGAGGAUGAUGACAAGGACGAGACUGAGUCACUUGCUUCCGUGGACUCCAACGUCGACGAAGACUUUGAUGGCGUCAUGGAUAGCCCCGAGGCUCUGAGGGACAUGCGGGCCUACGUCAAGUUCAUCGACGACGAAAUCAUGCCCCUCUAUGAGCGCUUCGAGGGCAGCACCGCCGAGAAGGUCAAGUUUGAUGACUUGUGGUCGCUGUUCCGUGUUGGUGACCUCGUUCACAUGCCGGCGGCUGUUGAGGCAGGCGGUCGAUACCAUGAAGUCUGGCGAAUCUACAAGAUCCAGGCGCCUCACCCUGAGACCUCCUAUCCCAAGAACGGCUGGGGCUUUUUCGAUGAAUUUGACGACAUCGAUGAUCAGACCAAGUUCAAAAUCUCGGCUUACUACAUCGACCACGACGGCUCGACCUUUGGUGCUGUCAAGAACAAGUUCGAGAUCGAAGCCUUUGCUGGCGAGCGGUCCAUUGAAUCGCUGCCAUGCUACCCCAUGCGCUACCAGCCUGGUCAUGAAGACCUCAUUGAGGGCCUGAAGGACCAGGGCCGCAGGUUCCUGCAUCUCUUGGAAGACCGCCACCAGCAGCACAAUGCCUGGACGCUGACCAGGAACCCUCCCUCGCACCGCAAUGAUCCCGAUCAGGAAAUCCUGGAGAACGAGUACUACGAGAAGAUGCGCCACCCAGAGUUUGUGGAGAGCGAUGUCAUUGUCGACUUGACAGAGGCCUAUCAGAAGAUGCCCAACUGGCGCCCUGAUUUCCACCAGCUAGCCGUCAGCAAGGCCACCCGCUGCGAGAUCUCGGAGGAUGAGAUGCCAAUCCAGAAAUGGUUCGAUGGUAUGCGCCAGAACAGGUCAUACGUGCAAAAGGAGAUCAUCCAGAAGGCCGAUGGUGUCGAAGCCCGCCAGCGUCGUGACAACCUUGCCGUUGAUACAUUCCUGCGUAACCGCCUUAGAGGAUCUCGCAACUUCGAGGCCAACGCCCAAGCUCUGAAGCUGCGCGAUGAAGACUUGGUGCUGCUCCCUAAGCGUAUGUUCGCUUAUGCCCUGCGAGAACGUCGCUUCAUGCCCGUCGACCUGAACCUUCUCAAGCCUAUCCGACGCGAGGCUGGUGUUUUUGAGAACCUCCGAAUUCACAGUGACUACAAGGAUGUGGUCCGCAGUCUGGUAAUGUCUCAUUUCCGGAAGAAGCAACUUGAGCGACGAUAUGUCGACGCUUCAACCGAGGGACCCGGACAGGAUCUCAUCCAGGGCAAGGGUCGUGGUCUUGUGGUCCUCCUGCAUGGUGUACCUGGUGUUGGUAAGACUGCCACGGCUGAAGCUGUGGCUAUGGAGAACAAGAAGCCGCUGUUUGUCAUUACCUGCGGUGAUCUCGGUCUGUCACCUCACGAGGUCGAGUCCCGUCUGAAGAACGUCUUCCGCCUUGCGCACUUGUGGGACUGCGUGCUCCUGCUGGAUGAGGCCGAUGUUUUCCUGUCACAGCGAUCCAAGCAGGAUAUGACUCGAAAUGCUCUUGUGUCUGUUUUCCUUCGUGUUCUGGAAUACUACAACGGUCUCCUCUUCCUGACAACCAACCGUGUGGGAACUAUCGAUGAGGCCUUCAAGUCUCGUAUCCACCUGUCCCUGUACUACCCACCUCUCGACAAGGCCCAGACAACUGAGAUCUUCCGCCUCAACAUUGCCAAGCUCAAGGUGAUGGAGUCUGAGCGACACAAGAUGACAGGCGAGCCGUCACUUGCAAUCAAAGACGACGAGAUCAUCGAAUUUGCCAACAAGCACUACGAGGAUCUGGCGCGCUCCACAGGUUGCUGGAACGGUCGACAGAUCAGGAAUGCCUUCCAGAUCGCGUCGAGUUUGGCGCUUCACAACUACACCAAGGACGCGGAUGCCGCACGUGCAAAGGGCCAGCUGCCGCCCGCAGCACCUGUGUUGGAUAGGCGGCUGUUUGACAAGGUGCAGAUGUCGACACAGAGCUUUGACAAGCACAUGAAGAAAGAGGAGGGCAAGUAUGAUGACGACUUGCCUCUGAAGGGCACCUUUCAGGACUAAGCUGUUAUGAAGUGACUAAUGGGUGCUAUGGGUUACACGCUCUUUCAGGAUGUUUUUGAUUUGGAUCUGGAUCUUUUAUAUAUGAAUAAGUCAGAUAGGCGCAAUGUCAUAAGGAUUCUAUUACAAC